CUGAAAGGGCCUUCUCCGACACUAGACACGCUGAGCACGCUGUGCGAAGACAGGAUGUCACAAGACAAAGGAAACCAGUACAGAUAAUUAUUUAAGGAACGUUGUCCUACGCAAGAUCAUUCAGAGGGGAACAAGACUACAUUGAAGAGAGAAAUCGCCCCAACUGAGGAUUGCAGCGAAGACCUGCAGGAUGACCUCAUUACAUCAAGUGGUAUAUUUUAUCUUUUUUGUCUCAGUUUCUGAUGGCUGUGUCACUAAGCUCUUCAAAGACACCUGCUUUCAAGGAGGUGAUAUUGGUACUGUCUUCACACCGAGUGCCAAGUACUGCCAACUGGUCUGCACCCACCACCCACGGUGCCUGCUCUUCACGUUCAUGGCUGAGUCAUCUUCGGAUGAUCCUACCAAAUGGUUUGCUUGUAUCCUGAAGGACAGCGUCACAGAAACACUGCCAACAGUAAACAUGACAGGAGCAGUUUCUGGAUAUUCGUUCAAGCAGUGCUCUCAGCAAUUAAGUGCUUGCAGCAAAGAUGUGUAUGAGGACCUAGACAUGAAGGGCAUGAACUACAACAGCUCGGUCGUGAAGAACGCUCAGGAGUGCCAAGAGAGGUGCACCAAUGAUGCCCAUUGCCACUUUUUCACAUACGCAACAGGGCGUUUUCCCAGUGUGGAGCAUCGCAAAACUUGUCUUUUGAAGUACACCCAAACGGGAACACCAACCAGAAUAACAAAGCUCAAUCACGUGGUAUCGGGAUUUUCACUGAAGUCCUGUGGACUGUCUAACGCGGCUUGCAUUAGGGACAUUUUCCCGAACACGGCGCUUGCAGACCUCAAUGUUGACAGAGUGCAGGCCCCAGACGCCUUUGUCUGUCGAAGCAUUUGUACGCAUCACCCCACCUGUUUGUUUUUUACAUUCUUUUCCCAAGAGUGGCCGAGAGAAUCUCUAAGACAUCUUUGCCUCCUUAAAACAUCUGAAAGUGGAUUACCAAGCUCGCGCAUCACAAAGAGCAAUACGCUUUCUGGCUUCAGUCUCCAGCAUUGCAAGCACAGCACCCCAGUAUUCUGCCAUCCGGCCUUCUACAACGACACUGAUUUCUUGGGAGAAGAAUUGGAUAAUGUUGAAGUGAAAGGCCAUGAAACCUGCCAGAAAACGUGCACCAAUGCUGUCCGCUGCCAGUUUUUUACCUAUUCCCCCUUUCGAGGAUCUCGCAAUGAAGGGAAGGGCAGGUGCUCCCUAAAACUGUCUUCAAAUGGAUCUCCAACUAGAAUACUUCAUGGGAGGGGAGGCAUUUCUGGAUAUACUUUGAGGCUGUGCAAAAUGGAUAAUGUAUGCACAACCAAAAUCAAGUCCAGGAUUGUGGGAGGAAGUGCGUCUGUUCACGGUGAGUGGCCAUGGCAGGUGGCCCUUCACAUCACCUCACCCGCCCAGAGACACCUGUGUGGAGGCUCCAUCAUUGGAAACCAGUGGAUACUGACAGCCGCUCACUGCUUCUCUGGGACAGAGGCAUCUCAGCACCUGCGUGUCUAUGGUGACAUUGUACACCAAUCGGAAAUAAAUGAAGAUACGGCUUUCUUCAGGGUUCAAGAAAUCAUCAUUCAUAAUCAAUAUAAGGUGGCAGAAAGUGGGUAUGAUAUUGCCCUGCUGAAACUGGAGUCAUCCAUGAAUUACACAGAUUCUCAGCGGCCGAUAUGCCUACCUCCCAAAGGUGAUGAGAACAUACUGUACACCGAGUGCUGGGUGACUGGAUGGGGGUACGCCAGAUUAAGAGGUGAAGUACAAAAUACUCUCCAGAAAGUCAAGAUACCGUUGGUGUCAAAUGAAGAAUGUCAGACAAGAUACAGGAAUCAUAAAAUAACCAGCAAGAUGAUCUGUGCAGGCUACAAAGAAGGGGGGAAGGACGCGUGCAAGGGAGAUUCUGGAGGGCCGCUGUCCUGUAAGCACAAUGGGGUCUGGCACUUGGUGGGCAUCACGAGCUGGGGUGAAGGCUGUGGCCAGAGGGAAAGGCCAGGUGUCUACACCAACGUGGCCAAGUAUGUGGACUGGAUUUUAGAGAAAACUCAAACGGUGUGAAAGAGUUCAAUAGGUAUCAUUUGGUGGCCCUGGAAGAUUAGUCCACAAGAGAGGGCUUGAUCUCAGUGACGAGGACACUGGGAUGCUGUAUCCUCCGCUGUAACAAACCGAAGGGGCUUGAUGGAUGUAAGAAAAGACAGAAAGAAAACUUAUUUUCAGAACUCCUGAUCUGAAAGAAUCAUAGAUUGUUUCCCACAUCCAUCCUCUACUCAAUGAAACAAAGGCAGCUGGGAGAUACUUUUAAAAUGAAAAUACAGCAGAUAUCCUAAGAAAGUAUCGAGCAGAGGUCCUGUUGGCCUUUUAGUCUCUGUGACAAGUACCUGAAGCCGUUCAGGGGAGGAAAAGCUUCUCUUGCCCACCUUUCCAGAGGUUCCAGCCUGUGAUCUGCUUGACGGCCUCCAUUGCUUUAGCUUGAGGUGAGGCAAGCAUAUGGCAACAGGAGCCUGGAAGAGGAGUUGCUUGCUUCAUGGUAGCCAGAAAGCAAAGGGGAACAGGAAAGUACUGGGGACAAGAUGGGUCCUUUAAGGAAACAGUACCACUCCUCUACUUCUUCCAGUGACAUCCCAGUCUGUAAAGCUCCCAACUCCUUCCCAGAUUGCACCCCGACUGGAGACAGUUCACAUGCGAACCUUAGCAGGCACCAAGAGAUCAGAUGGAAAUGCCAUGAAACCAUAUAAAGGUUGAUGACUGCAAAAUCCAAAUCGCAAGGAAUGCAGACAAGAGCACACAAGGACCACUUAUAGGAACCUGAUCUUUUCUGCCUAUAUCAAAUAUGGAAGAUGCCGAAAUGAAGAGAGAUGUGAAGGCAGGGGACAAGACUGGUACAGAGCCUCAGCAGAAACAAGACAGCAAGUGACAACAUGGACGGGUGGAUGGAAGAUCCUCUGCUGUCUUAGGGGUGCCUAUGGAGUGCACACUCACCCGUAUGGGCACUGGGUCUGGCUACUUAGGGAGGCUGACAGAGUUCAAUGAUGGGUUUUAAGAAAAACAAUCAGUGCUAGCUCCAGGAGAGGGGGUUAGGGGAGACAGUACAGCUCCUGGUGUGUGGAGCAGUGAAUCUUCUCGUUGUGCAUUUUGUAGCCCAGAGCGUUUUAAUGCAUGAAUCACGGGCAGGUACUAAAUAUUCAGAAUUAAGAUAUUGCACAUAGCUAAAUACUGAAAAAACUAAAAUGUAUACCUUUCUUAACUACUUCUCGGAGAAGACAGAAAUACUUCCUCUCCUUCACAACUGCACCCUCACAUUGUUCUAUGCGAAAUACAAAAUAAAUGGGGAAUCAAAGAUGCUAGCCUUUGCUUGCUGAUUGCGAAGCCGGGACAAUGUUCGAGCCCAGUUCUGUUUUAUUCUAACACGCAUUUUGGAUCCCUUACUUUGAUCUUUGGGCCUUGUUGUCUUUGUUUUGCCCUGCUUGGAACCGUUUCUUCUUCAUCACACGCUUAGCUUGUGCUUCUUCCUCCUCCUUCAUCUCCUAGGACCCUUUGCAUCCUAC